CAUGAUCAAGAACAACGCCCACCAAGACCCUUGCUUAAUAAAUCAAUUCAUUGGCGCCUGUUCGGCAUUUCGUCGAAUGGAUUACGCGCUUCUGGUCUUCCACUGCAUGGAAGAUCCCAACGUCUAUGUAUACAAUGCCAUUAUCCGAGGAUUCGUUCAUUGCUCUGCCCCAAUUCAGGCCCUCCGAUGCUACGUUGGAAUGUCGAGGUCUCGAGUCUCGCCCACGAGUUUUACGUUCUCGACGUUGGUGAAGGCAUGCACUCAAGCACUGUCCACGGAAUUCGGUGAAUCGAUUCAUGGUCGGAUUUGGAAGAGUGGGUUUGUUCAGACGUCGUUGAUUUGUGUCUACUCGAAUCGUUCUAGAAUUGUUGAAUCGUGGAGGGUGUUUGAUGGAAUGACUGAGAGAGAUGUUGUUUCGUGGACUACAAUGAUUUCUGGCUAUGCCCGGGCGGGUGAUUUGGAUGCUGCUGGGAGGUUGUUUGAAGAUAUGCAGGAGAGGAGUACCGUGUCUUGGAACACAAUGAUCACUGGUUUUGCGAGGUCGGGGGAUGUAGAGUCCGCUGCACGUUUGUUUGAUCAAACGCCUUCCAAGGAUUUGGUGUCGUGGAAUACCAUGAUCUCGUCUUAUUCUCAGAACAAGCGGUUUAGAGAAGCCCUUGAAGUCUUCCAAACAAUGAGGGUUGCUAGGGUACCUGAUGAAGUGACCAUGGCGACUGUGAUAUCGGCUUGUGCCCUUUUGGGAGCUCUUGAUUUGGGAAAGGAGAUGCAUUUUUACGCAUUGCAAAAUGGUUUUGAUCUCGAUGUUUAUAUUGGGUCUGCGUUGGUUGAUAUAUAUGCGAAAUGUGGCAAUAUAGAGAGAUCCCUGGUGGUUUUCUUCAAUCUGCAGGAGAAGAAUUUGUUCUGCUGGAAUUCCAUGAUCGAAGGGCUUGCAAUUCAUGGGCAUGCCGGAGAUGCAUUGGGAAUGUUCGAUAGAAUGGAAAGGCAGAAGGUGAAGCCCAAUGGGGUUACCUUUGUUAGUGUUAUUAGUGCUUGUACUCAUGCAGGAUUGGUCGAAGAAGGUCGUUGGAGGUUUUUGAGCAUGACCCAUGAUUACUUGAUCUCUCCUGAGAUCGAACACUAUGGAUGCAUGGUCGAUCUUCUAGGCCAGGCCGGCCUACUCAAAGAAGCAUAUGAUUUGAUAAUGACAAUGUCAAUAGAGCUGAACGCUGUUGUUUGGGGGGCUCUCUUGGGUGGUUGUAAACUUCAUGGGAAUUUGGAAAUCGGCAAAAUAGCAGUGGAGGAACUGAUGAUUUUGGAGCCUGAAAAUAGCGGUUAUUAUGUUCUUUUGGUAAAUAUGUACGCUGAAGCAAAUCGAUGGAGUGAGGUGGCAAAGAUUAGAGCGGCAAUGAGGGGGAGAGGAGUGCAAAAGAAGAGCCCGGGGAGCAGUUGGAUCGAAGUUGGAGGCAAGGUUCAUGAGUUUGUAGUGGAUGACCGAUCCCACCCGUUAUGUGACAAGAUUUUCAUGUUGUUGGUUGAAUUAGAUGGGCAGCUAAAGAUGGGAGGGUAUGAACCGAACUUGGGAUUGAAUUCAUGAGAAGUGUAGUUUAAAAAUACGAAA